AUGAACCCCACCGUCGGCAUCGCUGUCAUCCUGACAGUCCUCCAGGCCGCCCACUGCCAGAUGAUCAAGGACCUGAGUGCCUGCCUGCAGGGCCAGAGCCUCCGGGUGGACUGCCGUUAUGAGAACAAAACCAGCAACCCCCUGACCUACGAGUUCAGCAUCACCAAGGACAACAGGAAGCAUGUCAUCCACAGCACCAUCAGCGUCUCUGAGAACGUCUACCGGAGCCGAGCCAAUGUCACCAUGCAAAAGAACCUGGUGUGCCUCUACCUGCAGAGCUUCACUACCAGUGAUGAGGGUGUCUACAUGUGCGAGCUGAAGGCCACCAAUGACUACACUGGCAACCAGAUAAAGAACAUCACCGUCAUCAAAGACAAACUGGAGAAAUGUGCCGGCUUCAGCCUCUUGAUCCAGAACACUUCGUGGCUCCUGCUGCUUCUCCUUUCCCUGCCUCUCCUGCAAGCCGUGGACUUCGUGUCCCUGUGA